UUCUCCAUUGUUUAUUCACAGGGGAAAUCAGUUUCUGGAAUUUUUCAAUGGAGUGGGAGAGAGAAAUUAACAAAGUACGAGAUGAUGCUGAUUAUGUCAAGAGUUUUCUCACUUCCACAUGACCAUAUUACACCCAACCACACUGCUGGAGCACUCAGACCUUAUGAUCCUGAGAUGGAUGUGUCCCGCCUCAUUGAGUUAGGGAUAUCUCACCACUCCAAGUUUGAGGAUGGAAUAAAGGAAUGUUUAUCUCCCUGGUUGUAAGGCACAGGUUGGUGUUUGAUGGUGAUGAAAGCAAGUAUGAGUUGUGGGAAGUGAAGUUCUUAGGCCAUUUAAGACUUCAAAAACUUCUCGAUGUCAUUAAUCAAGAUGGAGACGGUGCAGCCAUGACGGAGAAGCACGCUCAAGUGUUUGCAGAACUAGUGCAGUACCUCCACGAUCGAAGUCUUUCCCUUAUCAUCCGAGAUGCCAAAGAUGACGGUAGGAAGUCAUUAAAGAUUCUCCGUGAACAUUAUCUAGGUAGCAGCAAGCCAAGAAUUAUUGCCUUGUAUACAGAACUGACAUCACUCAAGAAAUCCACUGAAGAGGCCAUUACUGACUACGUGACACGGGCUGAAACGGCAGCAGCUUUAUUGAAGCUAGCAGGUGAAACCAGCAGUGACAGUUUACUUGUAGCAAUGUUAUUAAAAGGAUUACCUUUAGAAUAUAAGACAUUUUCUACUGUUGUGACGCAGAAAGAAACAGCUGUUAGUUUCUCUGAAUUUAAAGUAGCAUUAAGAAGUUUUGAAGAAACUGAAAAGUGUCAACAACAACAAGGUGAGGAUGCAGAUUAUGUGAUGAAUACAAAAUUAAAAAAUAUGAAUAUUAAAUGCUUUUCCUGUGGAAAAUUAGGACACAGAAAAUUUGAGCGCAGAAGUAAAGACAAAUAUAAUCCCAAUGAAGCAAAAUCUAGUAGGUGGUGUGACAACUGCAAAUCCCCUACUCAUGAUACAAAUUAUUGCCGCAGAAAUAAUUCAGUAAAGUCUGUAAUUAACAGUGAAGAAGAUAACCAUUCACUUGCAUUUAGAGCUAGUGUUAGUUCUGUUUAUAAUAAUGUAAGUAGUGAUGUAAAUGCACAAUGCCUGUUAGUAGACUGUGGAGCAACAUCACAUAUCAUAAGUGAUAAAUCCCAGUUUGUAAAAUUUGAUCAGAAUUUUGAUUCUUCUAACCAUUGUAUAGAAUUGGCAGAUGGUAGGCAAAAUGGUAUUGUAUCAGGUAGAGGUGAUGUGAGAGUUGAAAUUAUUGAUGUUAAUGGUAAUAGUCAUAAAGUUCUACUCAAAAAUGCUCUGUGUGUUCCUUCCUAUAAACAGAAUAUAUUUUCUGUUUUAGCGGCCACACAGAAAGGUGCAUCAGUAAACUUUACCCCAAAUUCUGCAGAAUUGAAGGCCUCAGAUGGUACAGUGUUUGAUAUCAAUAAACAUGGUAAACUGUAUUAUCUGAAUAAUGUGAACUCACAGAAAAGCAGCAGUCAUACAAUUGAGGAAUGGCAUAAAAUUUUAGGUCAUUGUAAUGUGAAAGAUAUACUUAAAUUAGAAAAUGUUGUUGAUGGUAUGAACAUUACAGAUAAGAAUAAUUUUGACUGUAAUGUAUGCAUUUCAGGUAAUAUGUCUCAGCAUAGAAGUAGAGAACCUGAUCAGCGAGCUACAACCAAUUUAGAACUUGUACACUGUGAUUUAGCAGGUCCUGUAGACCCUACUGCAAGAGAAGGUUUUAAGUACUGUAUACCAUUUCCUUUGUAGAUGACUUCUCUGGUAUGAUAAUGAUUUAUUUUUUCAGAUCUAAGAGUGAUACUUUGGCAGCUACAGAAAAAUUCUUGGCGGAUUCUGCUCCAUAUGGAUCUGUCAAACGACUAAGGUCUGACAAUGGUGGUGAAUUCACUUCCACUGAAUUUAAAACUCUAAUGAUUGAAAAUCACAUAAAGCAUGAAUUUUCUGCUCAAUAUUCACCACAUCAAAAUGGUACAGCGGAGCGAGCUUGGUCGUCUAUUUUUGAUAUGGCCAGAUGCUUAUUGUUGGAAGCAAAGGUACCUAAGACUCUAUGGACUUAUGCUGCGAAAGCUUCAGGAUACAUUCGUAACAGAUACUACAACCCGAGGAUUGGAAAACUCCCUAUGAAAUGUUCACUGGAAAAAGGCCAAAUAUGAGUCACAUGCAUGUACAGUCAUGCGCCGGUUAACGUCCGACAGAACAAUGUCCAAUCGCAUAUAUGUCCGUGCCCCCCCCCCCAAAAAAAAAUAUGAGACGCCUGCUGGACCACCACUCCACGACCCCCUGAUGGAGACAUGAUGAUCCUCCCCGUACUGGUCAGAUAUUAUGUGUUAAAGGAAUAUGCUUCCUUACUUAGGCUUUUUUUAAGCAUUUGCCUACAGGCAAAAUGCUAACCUAUAUCUAUUGAGGAUAAUAUCUUUCACCUACAAAUUGACAAUAACACAUUUGCUGUAAUCAGACAUAUCUAGUUGCCUCAACAAUUGCAACCCCAGUUGCAAUUGGGGU